AGUUCAAAAAUUGCAGUGUUGCACUGUCCAUUUCUACAAUGCCACCUCUCUCUCGGUGCUGGUUGGUUAUGCUCAACCCGAAGACCGAGAUUGCAGCUUGACCCAUCGUCAAAACUUCUUACCUCAGGAUGGGAAAGCUUAAACUGAAGAUUAAGAGAUUGGAGAGCACUAGCAACCGUCAAGUUACUUAUUCUAAACGUAGAAAUGGGAUUUUGAAGAAAGCUAAGGAACUAUCUAUCUUAUGUGACAUAGAUAUAGCCCUUCUCAUGUUCUCCCCAUCUGGAAAGCCUACAUUAUACCAAGGGGAGCGCAGUAAUUUUGAAGAGGUUAUCACAAAGUUUGCUCAAUUAACUCCUCAAGAAAGAGCAAAAAGGAAAUUGGAGAGUCUUGAAGCACUGAAGAAAACUUUCAAGAAAUUGGACCAUGACGUGAAUGUACAAGAUUUCAUGGGUUCAAGCUCUCAGACAGUUGAGGAUUUGAUGAGUCAAGUUAGGGUAUUGCAAGCCCAAUUGACAGGACUACAGAGGAGACUGAGCUAUUGGAGUAAUCCUGAUAAGAUUAAUGAUGUGGAGAAUAUCAUACAAAUGGAAGACUUACUUAGGGAGUCCAUCAACAAAAUCCAUAUUUACAAAUUGCAGAAUGAGAUGUAUUCACCUUUAAUGGUGGGUAAUGCACAAGAAGCACAAUCUUUGUCAUGGAUUCCAAAUAAUGAAAACCAACCCUUGAUAUUACUGGGUGAACCUAGCUUUCUGCCACACGGGGGGAUCCAAUGCGCCACUGAUGUAUCACUUCCAGGAUGCUCUAGUUACUUUAGCAAUGGAAGUGGCAAACAAAUGGAGGCUGGUGAUCCUGGACAACUCAAUAACAUGGAACGAGGAGGUUGUUCCUUGAAUGAGCUAAGUAGAAGUGCUGGCUUGAAUCUAGAUUUUGGUGAGCACUAUGCAUAUCCUUCUUUCGAAACUAGUUUACAGGAUGAUAAGAAAUUGAAAACCGAUACGGAGAUGAACGUACAAGCAACUUCUGUGGACUAUCAAGUAAAUAACAAUUGUGAACUACCUACAUCUUUAUAUGACAACGCACAGCAUGCUUGGAUAUCUGCCUUUGGGCCAUGUGGUCUUGCUCUGUACAACGAAAAUGCCUCCCAGCAGGAAUUAAAAUGAUCCUUUGUGAUAAUACUGAAAGAAACCAUGGAUGUGAAUUGAGUUUGAAGUUUUUUCGUGAUGGCCUAAUUCUCUCCAUUAAGUUACUCCCAGAAUUCCCAAAAUAUGUUGUCUUCUUGGGUUGUAUACUAUUUUGGCAGCUCUCUGCUACCAUAUAUACCUUAAUUGUAUAUAACUAUAUAUAGUAUUAUAGAUUUUGUUGUAUAUUAUUAACUUUUGUGUUUUCUCUAGAAAGGAAAAUAUGAAGAACUUAUGAUGAAUUCAGGGCAAGAGUAGUUGUAUAAAACA